UUCUUAGCAUUUGCUUCCACUUUUGCAUCAACUUUGAUCAUGGGGCUCAGCAAGGAGAGAACGACCAUCAUCUCCGGUUUCGUGAUCACCGCGAGUUUCAAAUCCUCUCCUGCAUUCGAGUUCUUUUUGAUCGGGAACGCGAUUGCAUGCACGUAUUCGUUGAUAUCGAUGCCUUUCGUUUAUAAUCUGAUGGAGGGCUACACAUUACAAAUCCUGGAUAAGGUGAUCAUGAGCUUGGUGAUGGCCUCAGCAGCAGCAGCAACAGCAAUAGGAUAUCUAGGGCUAAAUGGGGAUGACUCAAUUGGGUGGAGCAAAGUGUGCCCUUACUAUGAGAAGUUUUGUCACAGGGCUAGUGUGUCCCUGAUAAUGUCCUAUCUAGGGUUUCUGCUCUUCCUCAUCAUGUGUGUCGUCUCUGUUGUUCACAACACCCCCAGGAAGAAGGCCUCUUCAUAAUAUGAUAAUUCAAAUAUGAUCUUCGGAAUGGAACUUCAUUUAUACAACUUUUUUAUGCUUAGAAACUCUCCUCCUU